GCCAACCCGUCCAAACGACAGCAACGAUCCUCCUCCUCGCAAAUGUAAUGACAAACGCCUUCACCGUUCCUCUCUUCAUGUUUCGGUGUAUUUCCUCAUCUGAACUUGAUUGAUUCCCUUUAUGUCCACACCUGCGUAAAUGUUUUGGCUUUGAGCUUACUUUUUGCGGAUUUAUAAAAUUGUACACUUAUCGUUUGGUGCUCUCUUUUGUGUACAUACUUAUAAUCUAUAUAACACGAGAGAACUAUGGAGAGAAACAGCGGCAGCAAGGUGGGUGAGAUUUUCACAGCCGCUGGAGCAGCUUUUAACAAGCUCGGCGAAUUAACUAUGCAGCUGCAUCCGACCACGGAAUCACCAACUGGUAAAUGGACUGAUGAGGAAAUUGAGAUGCUGCGACAUUCGGUUAAAACUUUCAGUGAAGAUUUGAAUAAAAUCAGUGAUCACAUCAAAGGGAGGACUGUAUCACAGAUAAGAUCAACCCUCAAGAAAAAAGCGUUCGAGGAAGCUGGUGUCCCCAUCAGGCAACAGCAAAUCGUCACACAGCAACAAACGAAUCAGCAAACAAACAUUCAGCAAGUUCAGACACAAAAACAGACUCCCAGUAAUCCAGCGCUCAUGGGUAAAUCGGCUGAAGUGACUCUUAACAUGCUGAAUGCUCCUGAGAAUGAAGUCGAUGUCGAGGGAUUGCCAGACGAGUGCGCGGUUAAAUUAGAGUUUGAUGGCGCGACGGAAGAAGUCACAUCGUAACAUUUGGGUUUCUUUUAAAAUUUUAGCGUCACGCCUGCACAAUUUUUUAAUGCAGUUGAUGGAAACACUCUCAACGACUGUUUCAUAAAUGAAUUUUCCAUCAAUUCAAUAGAAGUAUUUUCUAAUCAAAACAGUUAUCGAAAUUGAAAAAAAAAAAAAAAAAA